GGCGCCGGUCGCCGGCGGUGUAGACGCCCCUGGUGCCGGCCCACUGAUGUUGGUCAUGAUAAACGGCCUCCCCAGUGAGGAUUUUCCCGGGCUACAUCCUUCUCACGCUGCCUGUCAUCUACUGCAGUUUUGGUCCAUAUGUGCAAACCCAGCCCACUGCCAUCUCCAGGGUUCAUCCUUGAGGCUGCUGUGGAGCCCAGGGUUCUGAGCCUGAGCAUAGAAGCCUACUCCAGGGCGGCAAGCUUCAACACCAGUAGCAUCUCCGUGCUUGAGAAGAGAAGGAGGCCUGAAAGGGAAGGAAGAGCCCAUGAGGCUUGCAACAUUUUGACUUGUGUCUGCAGCUGGAGGCAGGAAGUAAGAACAGUGCUCAAGAGGCAGGAGAUCCUGUGACUUUGGUCUACAGCUUCACACAGCAGGGUAAUAGAAAGCAGUUUAGAUUUGACACCCAUUGGCAGCAGCUGAUCUCCAACUCUGUGACCUGAGCAAAGCCACAUACCUUCUGCGGACUUUUGCUCUUGGAAGAAGCAGGUACUUGAAGGCUUACUGUGAAGAGUACCCAGGUAACAUAUGAACCUGCUUCUGUAGGCGCCUCUUCUACCUGACUUGAGCCAUGGUGCUUCAGGAUUGACAAGCAGCCAGCCACUGAGUGCACCUGUUCAGAUCCCUGAAGUAGGGAUCCUCACUGAAACCAUCCGUCUUCUUUUCCCAUCUUCUGUCUCUCCUUAAGGACAGCAGCCCAUGUGUUACCGGGAAUAUCAGAGACUUGACAGCAGUCGUAUUUUGGAUCAUGCACCUACAGUGGCAGUCUACCCAAAAAGGCCGUAAAGGGCAAGCCCUCCACCAGUCAGUGUGCUGAAGCGUGCCUCCAAAGGAGUUUAUCAUGUGAACUCUCCAAUUUCAGUCAGCUCUUUCUAGAAAUGCAGAUAAAGAAGAUGAAGGAUAUUGGAGAGCCUUCGUAUGCUACCCCAAUGAAUGGCACACAUGACUCCUUGACUCUGUCACCCAAACACCCUAGUUCUAACAGGGCAACUCGGCCCGACAGACAGGAAGCACAGGCCCUUUUGUACCAAGGCUCAGAGGCAGAGGCUGCUGUGAUGACUAUUGCUACAUGUGCAAAGUGCAAAAGUGUUCACAAAGUCCCUCUUCAGGAUUUGAAGAAGGGUCCUGGGCAAAGCCAUGCCCAAGACAAAUACGUCUGCCUCCCCUGCAGCCUUCACACAGCUCCUCCCCAUUUUCACUUCGUAAACAGUAAUCCCAGCGCAACUCACGUCGGAAACAAAACUGAAGCCAUCUCAAGUCCUGUCAAUAACAAAUUCAAGGUGAGGAACUUUAAACCGGGUAAAUACUACUGUGAUAAAUGCCGGUUUUCCACUAAGGACCCCCUGCAGUACAAGAAGCACACACUUCAGCACGAGGAGAUCAGGUUCAUCUGCUCUCACUGCAGCUACAUCUCCUACACCAAGGGGGAGUUCCAGCGGCACCUGGUGAAGCACACGGGCAUAUUCCCUUAUCAGUGUGAGUACUGCGACUACGGUGCUAUUAGAAAUGACUACAUCGUCAAGCACAGGAAGAGAGUCCACGAGAGGGCUGGUGCUAAGCGACCACUCAAAACCGCCACCAAGCUGGAGCCAAAAAGAGCCAGUGUUUCCCGACAAAACAUAGAGCUCUUAAAGCCUCCCAACCCAAGGACUACAUUUCAACAUAAGCUGUCGGAUCAGCUUUCGAGGUUCUCUCUCCAUGCAAAUAAAGACAAAAUUCACAAUAUUCUGUUGUUACCUGAAUCAAAGGAAUACCAAAAAGACGUUGUGUGUAUUCCAAAUCAAAUGCCCUUAUCCGAGCCAAAUGAAAUCAGCCUGUUUGAGAACAAAAGCGUUGAGGUGGAAGUGUUAUCUCCUGCCAAGGAACCCGUUCAGCCCGGGGUGCCUCUGACUGUCGUAGCCCCUGCGGAGCUAGUUGUCCCUGCAAACUGUUUAGCCCAGUUGAUGGACGUGAAGGUUGUCAAUGGCACACAGCAGCUCCUUCUCAAACUGUUUCCACUAGAGGAAAAGAGUUGCCUGGAAGCUGGCAGGGGCGAUGGAGGGGAUCCCAAGCACAUGAGCAAAGAGAAGGGUGCAAAGGAGCCGGAAAAUACACUUUCUGCCGAAAAAAUAAAGUCACUAGCAAUGGAAGGGAACACUGGAAAACUCGUAGGUGUCGAUAAUCUUCGGUCUUCGGUUCAGAAACAACUGAAAGAUGUGAAGUGGGUAAGGUCUUGCGAUCUUUUCAUGUCUGGCUCUGGUGCGCACAAUCACAGGGAACCCUUUCUCAAUUCUGAUGUCGUCGAGAAUCUGCAGACAAAGAACAAUUUGUAUCCACAUAGGACCGCUUUUCCUUUUGCCUCCUUAAAAGGUCACUCUCCAGUCUCUGUCAUGAAAAGCAGUGUCCUGUGUGGUCCUGGAGCUGCAUCAGACCCCUUUCCUUAUAAAGCUGCUAGUUCUUUUGCUGAAGAUGGAAUAAGCAUGCACAAUGAUUCUCAGCAGCUAUUUCACCUGGCAGUGUCACCUACAGCCACUUCCUGCUCUGGGGAAAAGGGCUUAUUGCCUGCAGUCAAUCACGGUGACUUGGAACCUGGAAGUCAGAGCAAAAUGGCUUCCCCUACUGGAAAGCUGGAAGAUGAGCAGGCAGCCUCAAAUCCAGGCCAGACCUCCUCUCCACAGGAGGGCGAGUAUUUACACACAGACAUGACCAGAGAAGACGGCGUGAGAUCCCGGCCUGGAGGCGAACCUGGGGAAUUAAAGGAUUCCGAACGGACCGGUGAGACUGCCGAGGGUCCUGUCAUCUCAUCAGUAUUUUCUCUGAGCUCUGGGUCUGAAAAUGUCCCAGAGGGCAUUAAGUGGAAUAGUUCAACAUCCAAAAUAAAGUCAAUUGAACUCUUACGCAGGAAGAUUGCCCAGCUGAUUGAGUCCUGUGGCAAGCCUUCAUCUCUGUCUGCAAACAGCGCCCGGAUUCGAUCCACACCCAAGGGGACCUCUAAAGCAAUACCCGAGGGCGUUCAAGUCACGGACGUGUCUCUGCCUGGUCCGGGCCCUUCCACGCGUCCUCUCCAGCAACCCCAGGAUGAGGAUGGUGUUAGCGGCAGUGGAGAGCUUCCUCAUCAGCAGAUCUACCCACAGUUUGCUAAUGGCAGUGACGGGAACGCGGAGAGCAGAGGGACCAGGAAGGCUCACGUUGCCACUCCAGUGCUGAUCCCCAAAGGGGCUGUGCUGAGGGUGCUCAACUCCUCGGAGGAUGCCCACAUCAUAGAGGCUACCUGCGACGCACCUGUGAGCAUCCCUUGCAGUGAAGCACAGUUACCAAAACCAGCUCCUUUCUGCCCCGUGAAACAGACAGACUCCGACCUGCAGCCUUUGAUGAGUGACAGUGGACCAAUAGACAUGUCCCCAAGUCUCGAGACAGCCCUUCGUCCUAAACCAAGAAAAGGGGAUGCUCUGUGUAGUACCAUCCCUAAGAAAACUGGCCCUGUGCCCGGACAUCACGGCUAUGGCGACUUGCAUAGGCAGGGGAGACUGCUGUCCAGGAGUCUUCCGAUGAGUAGGAAUAAAACCAGGCAAGUGAACUCAUCCAAGAAGAAAAGCAAGCUGCAGGCCAAUCCCAGCCGCUGCCUCAAGGAUCCUUCCGUUUUUCAGGUUGCCAGACAGCUCCGACUGAUGGCUGCCAAACCGGAUCAGCUGAUUAAAUGCCCCCGGCGGAACCAGCCGGUCAUCGUGCUGAAUCACCCCGAUGUGGACUCACCAGAAGUGACCAAUGUGAUGAAGGUGAUCAAUAAGUACAAGGGCAAUGUCCUCAAGGUGGUUUUAUCAGAGAGGACGAGGUGUCAGCUGGGCAUUCGACGGCAGCACAUGCGGCUGACCUACCAAAACAUGGAGGACGCCAACCAGCUCAGGAGGCAAAUGAUGUUGAAAAUGAAACUGAAGAAGGUUCAUAAGAACAACUACCAGGUGGUGGGUUCCCUGCCCGAUGACUCUUCACAGUGCAUAUUUAAGUGCUGGUUUUGUGGGCGGCUGUAUGAAGACCAGGAAGAGUGGAUGAGUCACGGCCAGCGGCAUUUGAUAGAGGCGACCCGAGACUGGGAUGUUCUUUCUUCCAAGGGCAAAUGAGGAAAAACUCGUCUUUGAAGCGAGUUGCUUUCUUUUAGUUUUUCUGUUUGGGGGAUGAUUCCCCCAGAUUCAAUAGGAGAAAUGCAGACUGUAGGAAUGAGGUUUGCUGAUUCUUCCGAUCCCCUGUGGAAAUGUUAAUUCUUACCCGGGACUUUAGGACUGGACUCCAGGAGAUAUUUGAAGCCUCUGAAAUUGUGCACACAAAUGGAUGUACGUGCAUUUUUUCUGAAGAAAGGAAGUGAAACUCUCAAUGUUUUUCAGUGGGAUACAAGACCUUUCUCUGUUUAGUACUCAUUUUUUUGAGUAGACACAAAUCUUUCAUAUUCCACUUAGGAGGGGCAAGUUUAGAAUAAUUUACACCUGCUCCUUAUAUAAAUGCUACUGAAGAAUUAAAUCUACAUUUUGGUGUGCUUUUCCACUUUGUUUCUGCUUUAACUCCUCUCCUGAAUAUUUGGUACCUAAUGGGAAUUAUGUUUUCUACUGUAUUAGUUGUCUUAAAUUUAUUUUUUUAAAAAUUGACAUUUGGGGGCUGGGAGUGUAGCUCAGUGGUGGAGCGCUUGCCUAGCAUGCACAAGGCCCUGGGUUCCAUCCCCAGCACUGGGGGGCAGGAGAAAGAAAGGGAAAAUGGCAUUCUUUUUAACCCCUCCCCGCUCCUCGGCACUCUUCUGUGUGUGUGUAUCGUGGAGUUUUGCUCGUGCGGCUGUUUUAAAGAACAGUUCCAAGGGUUUACCUGCAGUUGCUAUUUCAACAACAGGCAUCAGGAAACAAAAGCAAAUAUUUCCAAGUGUUAGCUUUUGCUUUCUUUUGAAAAUCCCGAUUUGUGACAGUCAGAUAGGGAAUAUGCUGUUUUGGGAAAAAAUAAUACGGAAGGACAAGAUCUAAAAUCUCCUUAAAAUUCCCACAAGCAUAAAUUAAGCGGCCAGUUCAAAGGUGACAGGACAGGCUUCUCACAGCAGAAGUGGACCCUGGGAAGGCAGCUCAGGGUGACUGGCGGUGCCUCAGGAAGGGGCUGUCUUCACUUGGGAACACGUCCUGAGACAGGGUGGAUGCUGCCUGCUGUCCUGGAUCACUGGGGUCAGGGACAUUGCUGCGAGGUCAGAUCCUACCCUCUUUGACCAUUUUUUCUGAAUAGGCAAUUUUUCCUCAUGAGAUUUAGUAGAAACUGUCAGAAAUCACCAAAAUGGAAGGGAAGCCCCCAUUGUCUGUCAAGGUGAUAUCAAGCACUGCCCUGGUUUUCAUGGCAGCAGUUGGCCAUUGAACAUGCUCUCCCGGGAGAGCUUCACUCCCUCUACCCACGGAUGCCUGCACUGGGCCUGAGCUACAGGCACCUUCGCACACGUUGGGGGCAGCCCGCCCUUGCUCAGGCCUGACCUCCAGGCAGAUGGACGGCUGUAAACAGCCCCCAAGCCAGGAUUUGAGUCCUCACUUGCCCAGGCAGAUAGCCGACCUUCAUGUAGGACACAGAUGGCACCGUCGUUGCCCUCCCCCUUCAGGGACAGGCCUGCCUCCGGGGGUACAGUGCAGAGUGGAACUGGGGCAGAACAUCUGAAAAGGACACCAGGGAUUUCAGACUCACCAGGUGGUCAGGGGAGACUUCUGAUUCUUUUUUUUUUCACAUGGGAAGGUCUUUGAUAUGUGGGAUUGUACUCCUCUGAAGUUUGUUCUCUUUAUAAUCAACAUUUCUUAGGUAUAAUUCAAUACAUGGUCAUUAAGUUGAUUAAUUGGCUAAUUUUUAUUGAAAUUUAAAACUUGCUUUUUUUAUAUAUGUGUAUAUAUGUGUGUACACAUAUAAAUAUUUUUUACCACAUGGAAGUUGCAAUAGCUAAUUUUCUGAUUUCCUAUUUUAUAAUGAUAUGUGGGCUGGGAAAAUGUAAAACAUUUUUAUAUUCUAGAAAUAAUUUAUUUUGGAAGUACAUUUUUAUAAUGGUUUGAUCUCAUUUUUAGAGAAUGAAAGCACACUAUGUGAUAGGAUCUGAUCUAUAUGAACAAACAGGAGUAGACACCCCUGUGAACCCUUUGAUUAUGACAUUUAGUUCUUAUUUUUUAUUUGGUGCUUCGUGGUAAGUGGCUUCUGUGAACCACCAUCACAUAAGAGCAUUCUGAAAUCGUAUCCAUGUUACAACUGGCGUAAAAGAAACCUGAACUGUGGAGAGAAGGGAAGAAAAUACUGUGAUUUUUACUUUUUGCUCCGAUACCUCACCGCUCAGUAGCUUCUUCCUGAACGGCCUCGCUGAGAGCUGGCUAUGGAUCUGCUCAGUGUUAAGUGUCCGUGUGAAAUAUUUACCUUUGGCAGCACUGUCUGUUGUUCAAGUAUUACCUAAGCCACAAGUCCAGUACUUGUGUGGAGUUGAAUUUUGUGAGUAGAAUAUGUAGCAGAACUUUGGGGGACAUUUGGAAGUACAGUACUUAAGGAGUUAAAAGUGUUCCUGGAAGUCAUAGAAAAGGGAAAACAAAAGUGGCCGUCUUCCCUAAAUAGCUUUAGGAAAAUAGCUUGUGAGCAUGUAGGUAAAUGUCAUGAAACAAACACGUGUCUAACGAAAUCGGAGGGAGUGGGCAGAACAGUGUUGAGUACCCUGUUCCUUGAUUUUGAAGGAUCUCCAGUCACUACAUUUUGUUAAUAAUACUAAUAAAAUUAUUUUAAACUUAUUUUUAAGUAGGUUUUCUUACUUUUGGGAACCAGAAAUAGGCAACCUUGUUAUAUUUGUUAAAGGCAAAUAGAGUAAAAAUGUUAAAAAAAAAAAAAACCCAGUAAGUAUGCUUCUAACAGAUUAUAUUUUA